UACCUCGUGUGAGGUUUCCAGUAGGGCUGCACAUUUAAUCGAAAUGAAAUCGAAUGCGUGCAGCGUUUUUUAUUAUUAUCUGUCUCCGCAAGUUUCAUAAUAAUAACGCAGAAUACAAGAUGGGGUAUAAUUCAAACAUCUUUAUUAAAUGAAUGCUGAGCAAACAGCAUUAACAGUAACACCAGUAGAGUCCAGAAACAUCUAUUUAUAGACCCUUUUACUGUUUGUACACAAUGAUGACGUGGCAACGUAUGCGCGCGCAUAUUGGCAACGGAAGUAUGGCGAGAAUCAACUGCGUGUCAAGCUACGCGAGCGGAUUAAGCGACACAGACAGAGACAUUUAUUUCAAAAAGUUGACUUUAUCAAAUGGUAUCCGGCUACCAGAUCCGUGUACUAUAGUGGAGUGGAUAGAAGACGUUAGCAGAUGGCCAAAUAUACAGUGGCCAGAUAUAUAUACGUAUUUAGUUGAGAAACCGAGCGUGUACACCCGAGAGAAAUUACGAGCAUAUAAAUCACUGGAUGCUUAUGAAUACGUUGUCUGUGGUCAUGUACAGAACGUCAAAUACCAUGACAUAGACUCAGAGUUUUGUGUGUUGAAAUCAGAAAUUCUUCCUAGUCAAAGACAAGGACACAAGACAACGAUGUAUGAGGCUUGGGUUAUUAUCAACCAGCGGGAGAACUACGUCCUCACGGCGAACUGCACCUGUAUGGCGGGUGUUGACAGAUGAUGACAUCCGGGAACUGCAGGUUGUGGACCCCUGUGCUGCAGUGCUGACAAGCCUGGAAAAUAGUGACACAGACACCGCAUCAUCUGACACUGAUUCAGAGGAGCAUCCUGACUUACCUGAGCCAUUGACUGCUUUAUUUGAUGUAACACUCAGGGAACUCUCACCACAGGAAAUGCAGGUGAAAUAUGAGGAUACAUUUCACAGACUUAAAACUACACCACAACCUCAUCAAUGUGAGAAACUGGAAUUUGUGACACGGCAACAGUCAAAGUCAAAGGACUGGUACACCUAUAGGGCUGGUCGAAUCACAAGCACUAAAUUACACCAAUCGACCACAACUGACAAGAUCAGAAAAACAUACCUAAACGAUAUAAUGCAGUAUAAAAGAACAGAAUUAAAUGUCCCAUCUGUGCUCUUGGGUAAGAACAUGGAGGAAACGGCAAGACAAGCCUACACUGCAUAUAUGUCCCAAAGCCAUCCAGAUUUCAGCGUCAGCUCAUGUGGCUUAGUAGUGAAACCUUCUGAGCCACACCUUGGAUCAUCACCAGAUGGGAUAGCAAGAUGUACCUGCUGUGGCAAAGGGGUGGUAGAGAUCAAGUGUCCCUACAAAUACAGCGAUAGCCUUCAAGGAUGUACAAAAGAUGAGCAGUUUUGUUUGGACUAGUCAUUCGCAUUGAAGCAUUCACACACAUACUACUGUCAAUGUCAACUUCACAUGUUUGUGUGUGAUGUUAAAUAUUGUGACUUUGUGCUGUGGUCCAAGAAGGAGUUCAUUGUGCAACGUAUCCUAAGAAAUGAAGAGUUUUUGAAGGAGGCUUUGCCAAAAGCACAAGACUUCUUUAUCUUGAGUGUGUUGCCUGAACUACUGACAAGAAGACAUGACCCUGUCUUGGUAUCACAGAGAGCUUGGUAUCACAGAGAGCUUGGUAUCACAGAGAGCUUGGUAUCACAGAGAGCCUGCAAAUACUGUGAAAGGCCAGAUUUUGGAAAAAUGAUCAUCUGUUUUAAAUGCAGCAACCACGUUCACUACACCUGUGCACACAUAAAAAGGAAGCCAGCAACAUGGUUAUGUAGGGAAUGUCUGAGAGUUGAUGUUUGAAUGAUUACAUUUAGGACUGGGAAAUGUUUUGUAUUGUGUUAUGAAUCUGGUCCAUAUUACCCAGACCUACAUUUAUUGUUUUCCUUAAUUUUUUCCCUACAUUCAUUAUUUUCCAUCAUUCUUUCCUACAUUUAUUCUUAUUCUUCACCCAGACCUAAAUUUAUCCUUUUCCUUACAUUUUAUGUUGUUGUUAUUGAUUGCUGUGUGUUGACGCACUUCUGUUUAAAGUUUUAUUUUGUAAUGCUAUAGUACUUUAAUAGUAACUAUGUUGCUUGCAUACAUUGCAAUUAAACUACUAAUAACA